CUAGGGAUGCAUGGGAUGGUUGGUAGUACUGGCAGGUUCCAAAAAAUCUCAGAUCAGUUUUUAAAACGCCAGUGUGCAGUGUGGUAGUCCUUCUGGAAAGCCUGCUGGUCCCGCACGGAGUUUUGUCAAGUCGUAUGCGUAUGUGUUUUGUACGAGUUCGAGUGUACGUACGCGGAACGUUUUCGGAGCAGAGCAGCAAUACAUUGCAGGCCCAAAGACCCGUUCAAAUUGUUACGAAAGUGUUCAUCAGUUGCAGUAGUCGUUUAAAAACGGUGAAACGUUACACUGUUGUGCUUGUGAUUGAAAUAUGCUACAAAUCGAAUCGAAGAAAGAUUGUGUUUAACAAAGUCAAACAUCUUCCUGGAAUGUUUAAGUGAUUUGCAAAGUGUUGUAAAACAAAAGAAACUGAAAGUGAAGAGAAACAAAAACGAGCGACACAAUUUCGUCACGGACCCGUCCCCGUCCCCGUGAUGCUGUAGUCGGCCUGUGGUCAGCAGCAGGACAUCGUCGAACCAUUUGGUCUACAUUUUCUUCGCCACAUUUGCAUCGUGCAACGAUUCAGAAUGCAGAACUUUGACUCCGUAAUGGCGAUGGCGGCAGCAACACAGCAACAGUCACAGCAGCAGCAGCAAACGGCAGAUCAACAGCAGCAAACGGCAACGCCGAACGGUUGGUUCGAUUUAACGAUCAAAUCCGAACCACUCGACUACCAUCCGCAUCAUCAUCAUCCGCUGCAGCAGCAUCACCAUCAUCACCUGCACCAUCAUCGCCCGGGCGGGGUGCAGCAGGACACGACGACGCACCUCGCGAGCGAUUCCCACUCCAACCCAACCUCCCCGCAGAGCGUGGACAGUAUGGAUUCGCUCAGUGGCAAGAGUGGAUUUUUUGAGGCAAAAGGAGCGAACAGUCUCAUGUCGGGCGGCUACAACCCGCUCGGCUUUAAUCCACUCACACCGCCUGGCUAUUCGGGGCUGCUGAUUCCACCACCGCCGGCACAGCUCGCCGCUCAGCAGCAGCAGCAGCAGCAGCAGCACCAACAGCACCAGCAACGGCUAGCAACACCCAACCGAAUGUACGGCAAUGGUACGGGCAAGGUGGAGCUGCCAACCUCCCUAACGCCGACCCACACCCCACCGAUGGACGUGACGCCACCAAAGUCCCCCAAGGAGUCGCUCGAAACACCCACCAAAGAGGAGGACGCCGGCUCGGACUGUGAGGACGGCUCGUACGAUGGCAGCGAGGACGAGGAUGGCAUCCGCAAGCCGAAGGUAAACUCGCACGGCCAGGUCAAGAAGUUCCGCUGCAAGCAGUGCGAGUUUGUCGCGGUAACGAAGCUCAGCUUCUGGGAGCAUACGCGCAGCCACAUCAAGCCGGAAAAGAUGCUCACCUGCCCGAAGUGUCCAUUCGUGACGGAGUACAAGCACCAUCUCGAGUACCAUCUGCGCAACCACCAGCGCUCCAAGCCGUUCCAGUGCCCGAAGUGUAGCUACAGCUGCGUGAACAAAUCGAUGCUGAACUCGCACAUGAAGUCGCACUCGAACGUGUUCCAGUACCGGUGUGCGGAUUGUAACUACGCCACCAAGUACUGCCACUCGCUCAAGCUGCAUCUGCGCAAGUACGCGCACAAGCCGGACGUGGUGCUGAACCUGGACGGUACACCGAACCCGCUACCGAUCAUCGAUGUGUACGGGACGCGUCGUGGACCGAAAGCGAAACCGCAGAAGAACGCCGAUAAGCAUCUGCUCAAGCAAGAACAGGCUCAGCAGCAGCAGGAGCAGCAAUCGCAACCACACAAACAGCAAGAAUUGACCAACUCCGGGGAUCAAUCGCCCGCCCCACUAACGCCACUAAGUCAGCAGGGCAUGGCAACGGCACCGACGACUCCGUUCACCCCUCCCGGAAGUGGCCAAACGAAUGGGCUGAUGCGCAACCUCUUCCCACACCAGCUCUUCCCGAACCCGCUCGCGCACAUGUUCAAGAGUGCGGCGGCCAACGGCAGCCUGCCACUGUUCCCGUACCUGAACCUCAACUUCCAGAUGUUUGCCGACCAGCAGGCCGGUUUGCAGCAGCAGCAGCAGCAACUCUCACCCCGCACCUUCCAGCAGAACCUGAUGAACCAGCUGGCGGGCGAAAAGCUCAACGGCAGUGCAACGAGCAGCGGCUCCGACCAGGACAACGAUCUUUCGGUGCGGACCAGCUCCAGCGGCUCCACACUGGGCGAGGAGCUGCUGAAGCACAUUACGGCGGCGGCGGCUGACAGUUCGGCAGCGGUGGGGCGCAAUGCGCUUCCCCAGGAGGACAGUGAGUCGGAGACGACCCAGGCUGCACCGCUGCAGGCAUCUUUCGAUGAGUUCCCAGCAUCGGUAUCGUCCAAUCCGCGGACACCUUCGACCAUCGGUAAGGGUGAGCGGAGUCGCCGUAAGGGACGUGCCUUUAAGCUGGAGCGGCUUACAGAACCGGCCACUUCGUCGGGUGGCUCAAACGAAAUGGACACACACUACGAGCACGGUGAGGAAGCGACGGUCAGUACACCGGUGACGGUAGCUGUCGCUCGUGAAUCACCUGCGCCGCCCAAGGAACGUUCGCUCGAGUGCAAGUACUGCGACAUUGCGUUCCGGGACGAUGUGCUGUACACGAUCCACAUGGGCUAUCACGGGUACGACGACGUGUUCAAGUGCAACAUGUGCGGGGAGAAGAGUGACGAUCGCAUCGGCUUCUUCCUGCACAUUGCCCGCAAGGCGCACUGAUCCGCUGAUACGGGACGCUCGAGAUGGUGGCUGCGUACCGAAUCGGAGAUGAAUGCGCAUGCGGGACACACUACCUGAUAAGUAUUUAUUUAUUGUAAGAGGGACAGGCGAAGACAACGUGUUGUAUAUAGUUUGUAUAUGCAUACACAAAUAAUUUCGCAAUGGCAGAAGCUAGUCGGCAGAGAACGUUUGCAGAACGUUUAUGGGAAGAAGAGGCAGUUUGGGUUUUAGUGGUUUGUCUGUAAAAAAGCAACGCAAUUUGGUCCAUUUACACACAAACUAAAAUACCCGAAAACAAUCCAAAGACUGAGCAGAGGAAAAAGGAAGGCAAAACGCAUGUAAAAAGCAAGAAGAUAGAGGAAGAAACAGUAAUGCAGGAAGUAAAAAGUUACUAUAGUAAGUAAGACGGCACAGUACGAGCAAAAGAAUCAAAGAUAUUCGUAGGUUGAGGUGGUUCGGGCGAAAGUACACGGAUUUUCGCCCACCCCGAUUUUCGCCUCGCUAGUGUUUAAGAGAUUGUUACGAACUUCUUAGCGCGUAGAGCAUUAGGAUUAUUUAUACUGGUUGAAGGUGCACACAAUAAAGAACACUAAAUUCAUCUAAAUUUUCGAGCCUUAUGUUUUCUUUUUAAAAAUAAACUUUUGGUUUACCUUUCUUCAUUACACAGAAAGGUACAGCUUGUUCCCAGUUUUCUGUA